AUGACUCUAGGAGAAACUCAGCUCAACGUCGUUUCCGAGAAUAAGGAAAACAUGGAUACUAGUGAAAUCGCUCCACAAAAGUCGGAGGCAAAUGUUACCAGCCACGUUACCCAGAUGUUGUCCGCACCAACUAACAUCGAAGACGAGCCAUUGUUGAGGGAGAAUCCGAAUCGGUUUGUGAUUUUCCCUCUCAAAUAUCACGACAUCUGGGCUUUUUAUAAGAAGGCUGUAGAUCUUGCGAAAGAUAUGGCCGAUUGGGAGAAGAUGAGCGAUAGUGAAAGGUUCUUCAUAUCCCGUGUGCUAGCAUUUUUCGCCGCUUCUGAUGGAAUCGUCAACGAGAACUUGGUGGAACGAUUCUCCAAAGAAGUACAAGUUCCUGAGGCUCGAUUCUUCUAUGGUUUCCAAAUCGCCAUUGAGAAUAUCCACUCUGAAAUGUAUAGCAAGCUAAUUGAGACAUACAUCAGAGAUGAGAAAGAGAGACACAUCCUUUUCAAUGCCAUUUUUGAAUUCCCCUGCAUUGCAAAGAAGGCAGAAUGGGCUCUCAAAUGGAUAGCUGAUCAGAAUGCGCCGUUUGCUGAGCGUGUUAUCGCUUUUGCUGCUGUUGAAGGAAUCUUCUUCUCUGGCUCGUUCGCUUCUAUUUUCUGGCUAAAGAAGAGGGGCUUGAUGCCAGGUCUCACGCAUUCCAACGAACUCAUAUCGAGGGAUGAAGGUCUUCACCGCGACUUCGCAUGUCUGAUGUAUUCACACAUUAAGAACAAGCUACCACGUGAACGUAUUUACUUCAUCAUCAGAGAAGCUGUUGCAAUCGAACAGGAAUUCCUGUCUGAGUCGUUGCCAGUAGAUAUGAUUGGAAUGAACUGCCGCCUGAUGUGUCAAUACAUAGAGUACGUAGCAGAUCACCUGCUUGUUGAGCUAGGUUGUGAGAAGAUCUAUAAGUCGAAGAAUCCUUUCGAUUUCAUGGAGAACAUCUCAAUUGAUGGAAAGACCAACUUUUUUGAGAAGAAGGUUUCUGAAUAUCAACGUCCUGGUGUGAUGUCUUCUGAAAAAGAAAGGCAGUUCCAGCUUGAUGCUGAUUUCUAA